AUGACUCGGCUCAAGACGCCUGCAGAACGAGCCAGUAGGCUCGCGCAAAUUGCUACUAGGUACGCCCGCACCUUAAAGUUAUUCUUCUCCGUCGAUUAUCUGGUAGUAAUCCGUGUGUUCUUGAUUGAAUGGGCAUACAUUCGCUAUUUGCUUGCAACCCUUGAUUCCUCCCGGAAAUGAUAGACUAACUCUGAAAAUUUGGCACACAGCUACAACGCAAUUUUGCAUGGGCCAAACGCUCUCUUCACUCGCCCGUCUCAGCCCCCGACACCUUCCGUAUCCGCAGAAGACGAAACAAUAGCGGAUGCUGUUCUUAGGCAAUUGAAGCACGAAGUAGACCAGAUUCAAGGCUCUACACGAGGAUUGAAGAAGGUCUUCAGCAAGCCUUCCAAGUUAGCACCCACUUAUAAGGACCUUUAUGCAGCACUACUGCGAGCCAUCGAGGAAGGCGGACCAACGGGAACUGUCGUUGUGCUCCUUCGAAGGUUCACAGCAAUCGAGGGUGAUAUUAAUGUGGCGAAAAGGGCAAGCAGUGGCAUUGUGGGCAUUCGAAGUUCACCAGUACAAAGUGGCAAUAUUAUUCAGACUGCGCCUUAGACUCCGUCAAUCCAGUCAUGAUUGUUUCGGUACUUCUGAAAAGAUUAUGGCAGCUCAUCAACGAGGAUACAUUUUUGUUCCAAGAUCAGAAAUAUACAUAUUCCCUGACCAAAUACGUGGAGAAGGAUCUCUUCAAGGGCCCUCAGGGACAGAAAUCUGAACUACUGCGCCUGCUCAACAUUAAACAAGCCAAAGAUAGAUUUUGGGCAACCGAUAUUGACGCAGAGCAACCGGAUGAUCUUGUGAAUCCUCCAGCUGAUAUCAAAGAAGAGGCCAAUCGUCAAAAACAACAGAAGAGGCAAUUAGCCGAGCAGCAUCAACAAGCUAGAGAUCGACUGACGAUAAAACGUCUCACUACGCUCCAGGAAAUAGAGAUCUUGGAUAUGAAAAAUAAGGCCGAAAUACAGCGAAGGCAGGAAAGAGCCCGAGUAGACUCACAACUCCUAGCUGUACACUCUCGAAACCAAAAUGCUCUAGAGAACAAAAAUGAAAACCAACGCCAGGAACGACUUGAUCAGCGACAGAGUAGAGAACGAGAGCAUAUCCAAGCACUUCAGGAUAUCUCAAUUUCUGGUGAGCGGCAACGUGCCCAGGAGAUCUUAACCAGUACCGAGUCACAUCAGAGGCUUCAACUCGGAUUGAUUGAGCAGAGGAACAUGAAGGACCAUGAAGGUUUGCGACAGAGAUUGACAUUAGAGGGAAGUUUUAAGUUGGAGGAAGAAAAGCUAGAGAAAAGACGUUCUGAGAGAAUUGCGUCAAAUAUACAAUAUCAGAAGGAGUUGGUCGAUAGCCAGGAUAUAUUGAUGUCCAAUCCUAACAUGAGGCGUUGGACUGGUUUUGACCCAGCAACAAGCACGCAUGGAUUGAUCGGUCCACUGCCAAUGGACUACUCGACUCCCGGCCCAAUUCACCAUCAGAAUGUGUUAACCGAAGAAAGUGUAGCGGAAAUACUCAAUGGACUGAACAUAAAGCCGCGGAAGGAAUUGCCUCCGCCAUAG